CCUACUAACUAAAACCAGAGUUUAACCUUACCAAGAGUUGGGCUGUUGGAUUAAGGGAUAUCUGAAUGGGAAAGCCCAGUUGGUAGUGAAGGGACACAUCGUGACCUGACAACAAGGAACCUCCGGGAUAUCCGCCAGUCCUCAAACUAUGUACAAAAGGGAGGUUAGUAAGGGGACCAAGACACACAACUCGCAUCUAUAAUAACGAAUUGUCUUACGUAAUGUUACAAAAAUCGGGAAGACCUGAGUUACGAUUAUUUAUUUACUCCUGUGUGGUUCUUUUUUUUUUUUUUUUUUUUUUUUUAAAUUAAUUAAAAUUUGUAAAAAAGUGUUUGCUUUAAUGAUGUGCGUAUGUCACAAACCACCCUUCUUACGUUUCUGCAGUUAGGAGGCGGGGACGGGACCCCCGUUGACGUCAGUGGGCCUGCCUGUUUCCUGCAAUAGAAAGUAAGAGAAGGUAAAGAAAAAACAGACCUUAAUUACCGUAAACGUUUAUUACAAAAAAACAAACAAAAAAAACCCAAAAAACUGAGAUUUAUUAAACUGAAGUCUCACCGAUGAUUUGAUGUUGUUCAAGAGAGUAAUAGGAGGCUGUCCUCUUCCUUCAUCAAUAAUGUACCAGUGAUCGGAAAUAAAAAAUGCCUCGAACAAAACAGAAUAAUCCUAAAAACCUGAAAGAUAAAAUUGAAGAAGCACAGAAAGAACUUAAAGACCCAAAAGAUGCUGGAAAAGGUAUCUAUGAGCGUGACAGAAGAAUUACAGAAACCAUAAAAGGUGUCAAACGAAAAAAAGUGGUUUCUGAAAAUCAAAUAAAGAAAAUCCCCAAGUCACCUGUAAAGAAACCUCCCCAGUCAAAGAUUUGUACAUCAGCAGCAUCUAAACUUAAAGUAAAGGCAGACACAUCCUCCUGUUCGUUCCCUGACCCAUCAAAUCAUUUACACAGUUCACCUGUACAAAAUGGAGACCUGCAAAAUGAAAAAUCUGCAGUGCAAGAUAUCCUGCAGAAAAAGAGAGUGAAUACAGAGUCCAUUGUGGAAGCAACAGAUUGUGAAAGGCCAAUGCAGGCAGAGACCCCUGUGGUGCAGAAGCAGUCAUUUGAUCUGUGUAUUGGGAAAGUAGAAGACUGUCAAAAUGGUAACAAUUUACAAUGUGUAGUGGCUGAUAAAACACCCAUGUCACAAGAACAGUCAAGUUGCCCGACUGCCACUAAAUCGUUGUCAAAUGAAAACUGGAACUGUAAUCCUGCAGACAGCACUUGCAUUUCAAAUAGUUCCUCCUCUUCAAAUGCUAGUGCUUCACUUGAAGUCUUGUUGAAAGCAAUGGAGCCAGAUCUGAGCUCUUUGACAAAGAAGAAAUCCUAUGCUUGUGGUGCCCAUAUAGGAAAAUCAGGACUAAAUGAUGAGAAACAGCCCACAGGACAAAAGGCUGGAACAUCAGAUAGUAAUUUAAGGGUUCGAAAUAAAUCUUCAAUGUCACAGCCUGAGUUUGUUUCUGAAUCCCAUUAUUAUCCCAGUAUUUUACAGUUAUCUUCAUUAGCAAAAAAUGAGCAAGGACAUGAUCAAAUUGAAUCUCAUUUACAGUAUCGGCAUGCAUCAACUGGGCAACAAAAUUCACAGCAAACUGUUCGGGACUUUGUAAGAUCAAGUGGGCACCAACAUGGUCAAGAAAAACAUUGCCUGCAGCAACAUUACAGUGUGGCAGAAAACUCUUCACUUACUCAUGUUCCUAAUUCUUCAAGCCCUCGGGUUCUUCGCCAGAGCCAGCCAAUGAUUCAUACAUGUCAGUCAGUGUCUGCCAGUGUGCCCAGUUCUAUACAAGUUCCUGUAACACCUGGGCAUAGUCCAACACAACUGGCCACAGUUGUGAAUCAUGGGGCAGAACAGGUUUCCAAUAUCUCUGUUAGGGAACAGAAACCUAAAAAACAAGGAAAAUAUGUUUGUGAAUAUUGCAGCCGGGCUUGUGCUAAACCCAGUGUCCUCCUAAAGCACAUCCGGUCCCACACAGGGGAACGUCCCUAUCCUUGUGUCACAUGUGGAUUUUCUUUUAAGACUAAAAGCAAUUUGUACAAGCACAAAAAAUCCCAUGCCCAUGCUAUCAAGCUAGGCCUGGUCUUGCGUCCAGAUUCUAGCAGUGGGACUCUAUCACAAGAUUCUGACAAAGCACUUAGUAUUCACUCAGAUGUGGAUGAAAGCGGUGAAAGUGAGGAGGAAUGCGCGCCCGACAAAAGACACUUAGAACUGGAAUCAACACAAAGUAGUAUUAUGUCAUUUUCUGAUAACAGUUUUAAAAAAACAACCCCCAUCCCAAUCAGUCAGGUUAAUGAAACCUUGAUUGUUUAUGAGACAGCAGAAUCUGGAGUAGCUCAGAGAUCAUCAGAACCCAAAGUAACUGCUGCUUUGCCAAAAGUGGUAGUUUACCCUGUAAAUGUAUCCCCACUGAGGGCCGACAGUCCAAGAGUGACAGACUCUACCCCCGAGCUAACCACGGCACAGAGGCAAAGGGAAUUCCAAACAGCAAGUUUAAGGUCAAGCUUAUCGGUGAAGUCUUUGUUAAUAGAGGUUGAUAACACAAACCUGCCCCAAGAUGACAUGAGUGAUAUUGAGGAGAGGCACAGUAAAUCUCCUGGAAGUGGGCAUGUACAUUUACAAAGGCAGCAGGCAACAGACUUUUCACAGCAUCAGCAAAGCAAGUGCCUUUUAAGUCCAAGGAGCUUAGGCAGCACAGAUUCGGGUUACUUUUCAAGAUCAGAAAGUGCAGAUCAGACAGUGAGUCCCCCUAGUCCCUUUGUUAAGUUAAUACCUACAGCUGAAAUAGAUGUACAUAAAAACAUCUCUCCUUGUCCAUCUCACACUACCCAAGUCAUGGUAUCAGUAGUGCAGUCAAACUACACAGAGAAGACGUCUGCUCCAUCUGGCCAGAUGCGUCCACCAAUGGAAACAAAGUCACUUGAAGAGAGAAUCUCAAAGUUAAUUUCAGAUAAUGAAGCAGUGGUUGAUGACAAGCAGUUGGAUAGUGUCAAACCAAGAAGGACAUCUCUUUCAAGAAGAGGGAGCAUAGACUCUCCAAAAUCUUAUAUAUUCAAAGACUCUUUCCAGUUUGAUUUAAAACCUAUUGGUAGAAGGACAAGCUCAAGCUCUGAUAUACCAAAGUCCCCUUUCACGCCCACAGAUAAGUCAAAGCCAGUGUUUCUUCUGUCUGUCCCUUCCCAAUAUCCAUCUAUGGACAAUUUGCCAAUAACUAGAAGUAAUUCUAUGCCUACAACACCUGGAUACUCAACUCUUCCCCCUAAUGUAGCACCUCCACCUCAUCUACUGCGAGGUAGUCAGUCAUAUGAUGACAAAAUAGGGUCUGUUUAUGAUGAUGUCUUUGUAUCUGGUCCUCCCACCCCGCUUCAGGCAGUCCAUCCCCGUACACUUGUGAGACAGACAGCUAUUGAGGAUUCUUCAACCAGUGAAGCUCACAGUCUUGCCUCAACACAUUCUGUGGAUGAAAGCUACCAUGGGUCCAGCUUGACCACAGAAAUAAUGCGAAGAAGUAAAUCAUGUGAACAAGGAGUAACUCUAGAGAAGAAUAAAAAAUCACAGCAAGGCAGAGGGACAAUGUAUGAAUGUGAAACUUGCCGAAACCGAUACAGAAAGCUGGAGAACUUUGAAAAUCACAAAAAGUUCUACUGUUCAGAAUUGCAUGGACCAAAAAGCAAAGCUUUAGCUGUGCGAGAGCUGGAGCAGGAUAUGUUGCCACGCUGUACACAGCCCCAAAUUUUUCAUUACAGAGUGAUGCCGGCCACAGGCGUUGUGGAGCAAACACCAUUGAUAAGAAAGAGAAGAAAAAUGAAAAGUGUUGGAGAUGAUGAUGAACCUUCACCAACUGAAAAUAGUGCUCCAUUUAAUUCCAGCUUUGAUUCUCUGUCAACCCAGCUGUCCCAAGAAAUGUGUAGGAGGAUUUUUGGUAAAAAUGCUGCUACCAUGGGAGAAUUACAGCCCACCAAUAUUCCAGGGCAAGGUUCUCAAGUGCAGUUAGUUGCAAGAAGUACAGAGGUUGUAGAUUCAAGAUUGUCUCCCAUCAGAGAAACUUCUAAAGAAAGAGGAGACUUAAAAAGACAGGGCAGUGGUAUAUCUGUGAUUCAGCAUACAAACUCAUUAAGUAGGCCCAGUUCAUUUGAGAAAUCAGAGUCUUUUGAGAACAUUUGUCCUACUAAUUUACAAGACAAGGACAUUCAAAUUAUCACUAAACAACUGUCUAUAACAACAGUGAAUGCUAAUCAGGAGAAAAGCCAACCGACAGCUGUACUUGAAAAGCCCCUGCCUGACCAGCAGAAUGAUGAAAAAGUAGUUCCUGGGAAAAGCACCAUUUCUGUACAUCAAUCAAGACUAGUUCGCCAACACAACAUUCAAGUUCCUGAAAUUCUGGUCACCGAAGAGCCAGACAGAGAGCCGGAAAGCCAAGCAUCAGAACAAGAAAAGCCAUUGGAAACAUUUAACUGGCCCCAGCGUAGUGAAAGUCUGUCUAAACUGCCAACAGAAAAACUCCCUCCAAAAAAAAAAAGAAUUCGGUUAGCUGAAAUGGAAAACUCAUCUGCAGACUCAAGUUUUGAAUCUUCAUUGUCCAGAAGCCUUAGUCGGGAAAGUAGCUUAUCACAUUGCUCUAGCAUAUCUGCUUCUUUUGAUAGGGAUGAGAUGCCAAGAGCCGAGAGUCCUUUGAAGGCAGACUGUAUAGGCAAACCCAUAGAGUUUCGUAGGCUGCCAGUGGCCACCAAUACCUUGGGUGUUCCUGGUUCACACUUAAGAGAAAUGAGAAGGGCUGCGUCUGAGCAAAUCAGUUGCACUCAACCUUCUGUUGAGGUUACCGCAGAAUAUCGCAGCAAGUCCUUUGAUUGUGGAAGCAUUUCACCCACAAGAUCUAUAUCCUCUAUGGAGACAGUUUUGCCAAGGGCUUCUCCAGUAGUGGUAGGAGUUCAAGUGCCUCUUAUAGAAAGGAGAAGAGGGCCUCUUGUUCGGCAGAUGUCUUUAAGUAUUAGUCCUGAAAGCAAACAAUCCCAUGGCAAGCUUCCAAUGUCCUUUAAGCAGGGUCCCACAAUCAGUAUGGCUGCAGUAUCCCAUCACAGGUCCCAGGCUGCUUGUAGAUCUUCAGUGGCAACUGUAAUUUCACAACAUUCAAUACAAGAACCUGUUGAGAACAAAAGUGAGCACUUUGUUCACAGUGUUAAUGUGGGCAGUCAAAUACAUGUGCAGCAGCCCCCAGUCCAUGGACUUCCACAUCCCUGGCAAAACAUUUACAGUGGUCAUGUUACUCUAUGGUCACAGAAUUCAUCAGUCCCACAAACUGCAGGCAGGCGAGAAAUACAGAAGCCUUGUGUCCAAACUUCUGAUUCACAGCAAAAUAAAACCUAUAUUCCUAAGUAUCAGUUACAUGUAGCUCCUCUAAAAACUGAUAAAAUGUACAUGCUACCAACUACACAAGUUUCAUGCAGUACCUUGCCUGUAAUACAUAUUGAAGUUUCAAAUGAAGUAAACAUUAAGUCUAGACCACCAGAAGCAAUAUCAGAUUUAUGUUUGAUGCCACAGAUUCACCAAAUUGCCAGUUCAAAACCAAAUGAUCAGGUCAACCAAUCUCCUGGAACUUCCCCUGUACAUAACACUGUUACUGAAAUAAGUAAAAUGUCACAAGUUCACCUAGACAAACCACAUACUUUAAUUAAUUCUCAAGAAAAAUGUCUCUCUGUUCCAGGGAUUCAAAAAAACACCAAUGACACUAUAAACUCUUCUGCAUUAGGUUCCUUGCAGUGUGCUCAGACAAUGUCAUAUGCGAGUCUUUUGCCACUACAGGAACCUACUGCUUCAAGUAAACGGAUGCUUUCCCCUGCCAAUAGUUUAGAUAUUGCUAUGGAAAAGCACCAGAAACGAGUUAAGGAUGAACAUGGAGCAGCCUGUACCACUGAAGGUAGAUCUUUGAAUUUCUUAAACACAAGAGCUGCAGAGGUAACCAGACAAAGGAAACUUAUGCUGGUUAGACAAGUGUGCACAACAGAACCAAUGGGAAGCCUAUUAUCAGACCUGGAACUUGUCCCACAGCAUCAAGGGAAACCUCAUCAAGACAAAAUGCCUUCCGAAACAUCAGAGAAUGAAACUGUUUCUCCUUUAUCGAACUCUCUUACAAGGAUUUCACCUGGGACAUCUGUUUCUCCACAACCAGUGAAUUCAGAUUUGAAAACUUUAGGCAAAGGUCAAGAGAGAAGGUCUCCUGUGAGUAAUCAGUUCAAACCAGAUGUCUUUCAGGGCCAAGUAAAACUAGCCUCAUCUGUUUCAGUGGUGAAUACAAGAGAUAGCCAUCGUUUGUCAUUUCCAAGCCUGAAGACUGCAACAAGUUUCACUUGGUGUUUUCUGAUGAAAAGAAAGCCUCUGCAUGUGCUGCAAGCUGACCAAAGGGUUUCUGCUUAUUCCACAUGGGCAAUUAGUGCAAACAAUCCAAAUCCUCUUGGACUGCCAACAAAGGUUGCUCUCUCUCUUUUUGAUUCCAAACAGAAGGCAAAGAAGAUACACUACACUCAAGCAAUAACUACAACGUCUAAAUUUGACAUCUUGACUUACUCCAGCAAGUUGAAAAAUAGCUUGCCCAAGGUCUUGAGCCCUCAAAAAUCCUUUACAAAGGAAAACAGCAACAAGGACAAGGUUGAUAAUCAGCAAACAAAAGAACCAGACCAGGAACAGUCAUCAACAAAAAGUGAACCAGCGCGGGUCAGAAUCUUUGAUGGAGGAACUGGGGUCAGAGUGAUCUGUCACGCCAAGGAGCUGCCGCACUACUGCCAGCACUUCCACCUUAGACACCAUACGCCCCGCACUACUGAACUGGACACUCGGUAUAAGUCCAAUGAAGAGUAUGUGUAUGUUCGAGGCAGAGGAAGGGGAAAGUACAUUUGUGAAGAGUGUGGGAUACGGUGUAAGAAACCCAGUAUGCUGAGGAAGCACAUUCGAACUCACACUGAUGUUCGACCGUAUCACUGCAACUAUUGUAACUUUUCCUUCAAAACUAAAGGUAACUUGACGAAGCAUAUGAAAUCCAAGGCACAUAGCAAGAAGUGUGUGGAUAUGGGUGUCUCCGUGGGCCUGACAGAAGAUCAAGACACAGAGGAAUCAGGAGGUAGAGGGAGGUAUGGAUAUGAGAGACAAGGCUCGGACACAGUAGACUCGGAAGGUCCAGAUGACGAUGACAAUGACAAUGAAGAGGAGGAUGAAGAAGACAGCCAGGCAGAAUCUGUACUGUCUGCCAACCCAUCCGUCACAGCAAGCCCACAGCACAACCCCACAGGGAGCACCUACAAUGAAUCCCUGAGCUGCACCAGUGCUGAGGAGGAGUUCAGGAUUACAAGGGAUUCUGCAAGGCUGGAGACGGCUCUACUAGAAACUCUGCCCAAAUCACUGCUGACCCAAAUGAGAGUGUCAAGUGCUACGUCAAAUAAUCCAGCAGAUAGUUUGUUAUCCAAGAUCCAGAAGGAAACCAGUACUUGUGGCACAGCUGGAACAGAAACAGAAGGGCUGUUGGCAACGAGUCCCAAGUCUCCCUGCUGUCAGAUGUCAGUAGAUUACCCUGAGCCUGAUGAAAUCCUGAUGCCUUCUGGAUUAAAUAAAGUUAAAGAACAGCCACAGGUGCCCUUGCCUGUUAGCCAGUCUUUUCUGUCAAGCGAAGUUGGUUUGCCUGUUGAUCGCAGCACCCAGACAACAUUGGUGCCUGCCUCGGUCUACACAAAUUCACGUUUGUCAGAGUACCAGCCACAGCUGCAGCAGCAGUUCCUCCCCCAGACUCAAAUUCAAUCUGCAUCCCAUCAGACGCACUUGUUUAGCCACCUUCCCAUGCACUCCCAGCAGCCAGCCAGAAUACCCUACAGCAUGAUUCCAGUUGGGGGAAUCCAAUUGGUGCCUGCAGGCUUGGCAGCCUACUCCACUUUUGUACCUAUCCAGGCAGGGCCAGUACAGCUCACCAUUCCUGCUGUGAGUGUCAUUCACCGAACAGCAAGCCCACAUGAUGAGAAGACCCCAGAAGGAGGACCCGGUACUUCAAACCCAAUAGGUGUGGCAGAACAUGUGAAUAGUGUUCUGCCUUGUAUACCUAUUGGCCAGGUCAAUGUCUCUAGCUUACAAACACUCAGUACGCAAAGCCUGCAGCCUCUUCCAGCACUGGGCCUGGAGUCAGUCAACAUUUUGGGCCUUACAAACUCAAACAUUGCCCCCCAAAUGCACUCUCAAGGCCUCACCUUAAAUGCUUUAGGACUGCAGAUGCUGGCUGCAAACCCAUUAACUCAAAGCAGCCCCAGUCCACAGGCACACAUACCUGGAUUGAAGAUACUGAACAUAGCAUUACCCACUCUGAUUCCGUCAGUUCGCCCAAUAAAUGCAGAAGGCCAAGGAUGGCCAGAAAAUCCAUCAACACAGCUUGGUGAAGGAAAGUCUGAGCAGACACCUGUCCAUCUUCCAGUAUCUGUUAACAUCAGUCCUGUAGGCUGUACAAUAACCCCACAAUUAUCACCCAGUAUGCAGCUGAAGGCUUCGGAUCAUGUCUUUUCUGGUAGACUGAAGUGGCAGACAGAUUGCAGAAACCAAGCAGAUAGUGUUCCACGGAUUGAAGUCGCAUCGCAACCUAAGGCUGGUCAAGGGCAUAUUAGUACCAAAAACUCUCCAAAUGAGCACUUUGUAAAGGGGAAAGAGGAAGACGCAUCAAAGCAGCAGGCUUCAACGUCAUGCUCAUCUGACCCACCUCAGAAGCACUUAGGAGCAUCGCGACAUCGGAACACGGUUCAGUACAGUGAUGUGUCCAGUGAUGAUGAGGACAGACUUAUAAUAGAGACCUGAUCGCUUGACUAAAAAUUCGUGUUUGUUUUUUUUUUGUUUGUUUGUUUUUUAAAUUCCUGUAAAUUUGAGAAAUUGAAAACACUUAAGAGUUUUGUAUCUGUGCAAACCAUCCUUUCCUUUAAGCACAUUUACUGAAAUUUAAUAUUGUAUGUGCAAUCAUAAGAUGACCAGUCUUUACUGUCUUUAUUUUUCUUGUCAGCCCCAGAAUUCUUUUUUUUUUUUUUUUUUUUUUUUUGUACAUGUUGUAUAGACAAUUGUGCCUUUUUGGAGUUUCUUGUUUAGGAACCUGUAAAUAAUAUAGAAUGUAAAUCAAGUCGUUUCUUGUGUUAAAAAAACAAACAUAGAUUUAUUUUAAAAAGUGUUAUGUCAAACAUAAAUUUAUCAGAACAGAGUUUAUAUGUUGCACUGAAAAUGUACAUUUCGAUUACUUUAGGGGCAAUGUUUCUAUGUACAGAUGUAGUAUGUAAAACUAUUUAUUGUAUUCAUCUUUUGGCCAUGAAACAUGGGUCUGUUUUUUCCUUGUGUAAGAGAGUAGCCUAACAUUUCAGUAUCUCUGAUAAACUGUAUCAGUAAAACUUUGUUUACAGACA